ACAAUCCAGACCAAGGGCGCAGCAGAAACUCCAGCGAUCUCAGCCCGCACAAGCGAGCACGAUUCCUCUCCUCCUCCUUCCCCGAGCUCCCGCGGCAGCCAUGGAGACCCUCCUCUCCCCCUCCACAUUGUUCACCCCACUCCGCGGCUCCAGGAGAUCGGCCCUCGCUGCUACCGCCACCGUCUCGCCCAGGCCCGCCGUCGUCUCCUGCGCGCUCAAGAAGCCGCAGGCGGGUGUCGCCGCCGCUCCCUCCUCCCACGGAGACCCCGGCGCCGUCGGCAGGAGCUGGGUGUCGUUCCUGCACCACGGCCUGGCGGCGGCCGCGCUGUCGCUGGCCAUCAGCCUGGCGCCCGCGCCCGCGCCGGCGGCGGCGUCGGAGUUCGACGUGCUGAACGACGGGCCCCCCGUGGACUCGUACGUGGUGGACGACGCUGGCGUGCUGAGCCGCGUGACCAAGUCCGACGUCAAGCGGCUGGCGCGCGACCUCGAGGCCCGCAAGAACAUCCGCCUCAACUUCAUCACCGUCCGCAAGCUCACGAGCAAAGCCGACGCGUUCGAGUACGCGGACCAGGUGCUGGAGAAGUGGUACCCGACGAUUGAGGAGGGCAGCAACAAGGGCAUCAUCGUGCUCGUCACCAGCCAGAAGGAGGGCGCCGUCACCGGCGGGCCGGCCUUCAUCCAGGCCGUCGGCGAGCAGAUCCUCGACGCCACCGUGUCCGAGAACCUCCCAGUGCUCGCGACGGACGAGAAGUACAACGAGGCGAUCUUCAGCACGGCGAGGCGGCUGGCGGCGGCGAUCGACGGGCUGCCGGACACGGGCGGCCCGUCGUUCAAGGAGAACAAGCGGGAGUCCAACUUCAAGACCAAGGAGGAGACGGAGGAGAAGCGCGGGCAGUUCACGCUCGUCGUCGGCGGACUGCUCGUCAUCGCCUUCGUCGUGCCCAUGGCGCAGUACUACGCCUACGUGUCCAAGAAGUGAGUCGAGUCAUGGCGCGCUGUACAGUAAUUUUACACCGAUCGAGGAGGAAGAGCUCGCCUCUCCCAGGGUGAGCUUCUUCUGUUGGAGGAAUUCUUAGAGGUGAAAAGAGAAUGAUUAAUACAAGUGCACACCUGUGCCGGUUAAUUUUU